AGUAACUUUUAUGUUUUACCUAAACGGAGGGUUAGCACUAUCAUUAAAGGCGUUCCUGUUUAUUCGGAUUGGACCAUCAUUUCUAAUAACGAUAAAGAGCAGUUGUUAGCAUUCAUAAUAUCCAAAAGAGUACAACUGUAUACGCUUUUAUUGUAUAUCUAUGACCGCAACCAAAACAUUUCGCAAAAUGAUAUGGAAAUAUCGCCAUUUAUCAGUAAUUUUCAAAUGAUAAACAUUCAGGAACGGAUAGUUUUAUUAGCUCUGUUCGAAGUCAUGAAACUACAGGAUACUAUGGAAGGAAAAUUGAAGAUAUAUCGCUACAAUAUCGAUAAAACGAAAUUGGAACCUUAUCUCACAAUCAAUGGAAUUUAUAACUCAGUUAUGGUAGUUAUUGUAGAUGAUAAAAUGUUAUUGAUUACAGCCGAGAAAGAAUCAAAUCUAUUAGUUGUAUACAUGGUUGAACGUACUGAUUGCUCACUUUAUCAAAAAAUAUUCUUCGAUUCUUCCAUAAUUUCAGUGGAGAAUCCACCUAUCACAGACAAACCGACACUUCAAAUUCAAACUGGAGAUAUGAUGAUACAUAUAUAUAAAUAUUCGGCUCUAGAGGGUUGGAAACUGUAUUCUCGGGAUCGAGUAGAACAAUAAACGAGGUAAAAGUCCAUCUGUUAGUUAUCAUAUAAUAAGAAAAUUAAAAUAAAUCUAUGUCAUAAUUAUGCGUAUUAUACAAAAAAAAUAAAAUUUCGUUAUGCAUACAAUUCCAA